AAUUAGAUCUAGCGCGCUGCUUGACGUUUGACGUUUUGCCAAAUAGAACGAGCGAAAAAAGAGCGAGAGGCAGUACGCAAACAAGGCAACAACGCACGUACGGCAACGACUGCUGCAAACAUAGUUUCACGGUGAUUUCAUCCCUUUUCGUAGCACCGUAGAGUAGACGAAAACAACAUUCCCUGUAACACGCACACACUUAACGACGACAUUCGCCCAGAGGACAGCAGGUGCGGAAUCUGUGCCCGAGCUUUGCUUUCGUACCGAGGUCCCCCGCUAUACUCCGCUACCUUUUUCGACAACCAUCAGCACCACCACCACCACCGCCGACCUUCCGGAAACGUGUCCCGCUAUUCCAUCCAUUUCGAAUCGCGAUGGAUUCGGUCCUGAAACCGAUCCAACGCUUCCUGUACAUCGGCAGUGACGUGCCGUUUGUGCUGGAUCCACCACAACCGCUGGAUGUGGAGAUCGGGAAGAAGAUUCUUGGAACAGUGGUAAAACCAGCCGAAUCGGAAGCACCACCAUCAACCACCGGUGAGACAGUGCAGCAAAACUCCAACCCGAAAAAGAACAAUCCAAAGACCGUGAAGCAGGAAGGCGAAAAGGGGGUGAAAAAGGAAGAGGGAAAUAAACCCAGCACGACGAAAGAUGCAACAGCGAAUGCGGCAGAACCGGUGCCGGCCAAACCGCUGCAUCCGGUGCUUGCGUUGAUUAAGACGACGUACAAAAGCAAAACACUCCGCCGGACAGAUGAGUGUUUGUUUGCGUUGGCAUACUGUGCGCGGAACCUUCCGACACCCGAGGAACGGCAUACCGUGUACGAUCUGCUGGUGGAGCUAGUCCGCGCCUCAAACGAUCUGCUAGCGUUCGUCGCGUACUACAUCCAGCUCGCCACCCAAUCCGGUCACGCCGGGUUUGGGCAUGGCAUGCGCAGCGCCAUCACGCGCUGGUACGAUCGGUUCUCGCCGACCGAGCUGGCGGAAGUGCUCGUACGCAGCACCGCGUACGCUGGCUGGACGCACAAGGAUCUGAUUGCGAAGGUGCAUCCGAAGCUGCAGUGCGCCGACAAGCAGACGCUCAUUGAUGCGGCCACCAAGCGGACGAGCCAGCUGCAGCAGAAGAAAGCACCCGAGAAGAAGGGCAAGAAGAAGAAGCAGAAAGGGAAAGCCGCUGCCCCACUGCAGCAACAGCAGCAGCCUCCGGCGGCAAACACUUCGAAAGCGUUCAAGCGCUACCAAGUGCUGCUGCAGUUUAAAUCGGUUAUGACCGUUGGGAAGGCGCUGGAGCUGAUCAAGCUUCAUGGCGGAAAGGGGCGGCUGGAACUGCUUCCGAAACACCUGCGCCGUUCGGCCAAGAUAUGGGAGGCCCUGUACGCCAAUCUGAGCUAUCGCGAGCUGCUGCACGCGGUGCUGCCAUUGCAAGACUUCCGGCUGCUGAAGGAAGGUGAGCCUAACGCGAAAGCGUACGCCGACUCGCUUACCAAGCGGCUCGAUGCGCUGGAAGGGGAACACAUCCACCCCAUCGAGGUGCAGACGGUGGCCAUACUGUACGCAAAAGGGCGACGCUACGCGACGCAUGUCAAGGAAGCGUUCCACGCGUUGCACCAGACGGAAAUGUGCCCACCGGUGAAGGACAUCCUGCUGGGGCUAAAUGACGCUUUCGAGCAUUCGUUUGAUCACCAUCCCAAGACGGGUGUGCGUUACUACAUCGCACUCGAUCUGCGUUGCGUCCACGACAAAAAGCAAAUAUUUCGCAACGAGGCCGUGACCUGCUUCCAGGCUAGCGUAAUGCUAGCAUUCUGCAUCUUCAAGCGGGAAAAGGCCGUCACCGUGGUGGCGUUUACCGACGAGGAGCAAACCCUCGCCCCGGUUGCGUUUGAACCGACCAUGACAUGGGACGACGCGCUCAAGCAUUGCGUUGGCUUGAUGUUGCCCAAAACGAAGGUAUCGCUGGCCGCUCCGAUCAAGCACGCCGAUGCGCAAAAGGUAAAGGUGGACAUGUUCAUCACCAUCACCGAUUCGCUGAUUCGUGUAAAUCCAACCCGGCGUCCUCCGGUGGCCGAGAUGGCGGAAUAUCGCAAGAAGACAAAGUUGCCACUGAGCAGAUAUCUGGCAAUUUCACUCAGCCAUCAUAAGCCGUCGCUGGAGUUUUCCCCCGACAAUGAUACGGGUGGAAUCUUGGAAAUGGUUGGUCACAGUGCUGGCAAUGCCAAACUGAUCGAGGCAUUUGCCAAAAACCAAUUCUUCUAGGAUGGCGCGAGCAACGGAAUGGAUAUGUUCCAUUUCACGGCAAAACAUGCUCGUGUAUGGUCGUCGAUAUCGUACAGGAAGAGCCUUAAGCGCCACUUGUACUAUAUUUACUAUAUUUAAGUGUUAUUGAGAAACUCAAUAAUUCUGAAUUUCUAUUGGUUUAAUUUUACGUUAUUCGGUUAUUAAAUUUCGGUUAAUGUCUAAGUUCAAAUGCUCCUUUUAAUACUUUUUUCUUCUCAAUCUUCGGUACGCGAAGAAUCUUUAUCUGUUGAUCUGUUUAUUUGGUUUUGAAAUCUUCAUCGUCCAAGAUUAUAUUGAGUUGAAUUGGGUUAAUGUUUUACCGUCAUUAUGUGCGAUCUGUGUCAUUCAAAUGGCAAAUCUUUGGAAUUGGCCUUAAAACAUAAAUUAGGUAUUAGUUGUAUUUCUUUUAUGAAGUAUAUAUUCGUUGAAAUCUGAGUCCAACUGGAUCAUGUUCGCAAAAAAAAAUACACGGUCUAUCUUCCUAUUUACAUUUAUUAGAGUUGAAUUGAAUAAUUCAGAUAUUAUUGUUAAAAUCUGCAUAAUUUCCUAUAUUUUUCUUCGAAUUGAAUUGAAUUAUGAGUUACUUUUGAUUGUUUUCGUAGAAUUGUUCACCAACAAUCUACACAUCCCGAUGUUCUGGUGGCUAUGUUUACUCUGCGUACAAUAUUUUUGAAUAAUUUCCAUUUUCAUGAAACUGUUUACCUAGUCAGUUAUUGAACUAUGUCUAAUAAGGACAUGCUAUUAAAGAACUAUCCAUAUCGUCACAUUACACGAGGCCGGUUGGUACCGCCAGUCUACACAAAUAGAACAAAAGAUUGAGUGAGUUUAUCCAUAGACACAUAUGUUAAUGGGUCAAAGGUGUGCAUCGGUCGAAAGCGUUUAUUUAUGUUUCGAACAAAGUUUAUUUGCUUUCAACUGCUUACUCUUAUUAAGCUCCUCUUAAAUCACCUAUGCGUAUGUUGUGUGUAUUAAUGGUGAUAGAAUAGUAUUCAACGUUCUCUCAUUAUGUGUAGGACGUGUGAGGUGUGUUAGCUGUUAGAAUGUAAGACAAUAGGUUUGUCUGUUGAAUGCGUCGCUAUCACGUAUAUGAGCAUCCCGUUUAAACAAUCUUAACCUGUGCAUACAUCACCAAAACCCUGCACAAACCUCCGCUGAACACCUUUCCUUUUGUCGUGUUUAUUAUUCAUUCACUAAUUAUGUGUUAGUUCCUCUACUGAUCGGCUAGUUAGAUGUAAGGGAAAAUUAGAAAGUAACGACUUAAAAUAAUCCAAAAAACAAACACAAAUCACAAGUGGUAAUGGUUUUGUAUCGUGAGAGCGAACAUAUGGAAUGAAAUUCUAAGCAAAAUACCCAACCUUGCAAAACGAAUUCAAUCAAAUUAUACAAUAAUUGAUAAUAUGCUGUGAUCCACAAGAAUGGUAAAAAUUUACCGACCAUUUUUCCCACGUAAACUGUUCUAUAUUACGUAUUCUUCACUGUUAAAGUAUGUUUUUGCUAGAAUUGACAUGUUUCAUUCUUUUUUUUACAUUUAUGUAAUAGUUACAAUUUUUAAAUUUUUCUUCAAACAAUAACGCAACUCUUAUAAUAAUCCAAUGUUCUAAUAGAAUUAAGAUCGUAAUAAUUGAAUGAAAACCCCUUGAAUUUGUGAGAUUAUUGGCGCAUUCAUGUAGGAUAUCAUAAGGUUUUUUUGUAUGUAGAUGCAACAUGCAAAUAGAACAUAAAUCCGAGGUCUAAAACAAACCAAACUGGGCUACAGUUUACGAUAAAAAAAACGAUAAAAAGUGCUUCUUAAAUAAUGUUUUAGAGCCGAAUCUCAAAACAACAGAUUGAAAAAUAUCAACCCAUGUACUAUGUACUAUUCCGUUCAGCCGUUAAACGAUAUCCAAAUCAAAGGAGAUGAAAAAACGGCACACAUGCAGCAGUGUAGUGAUGAAUUUUGUUCAAUUGAGUACAACAUAAACGUACAUUAAUGAAAACGAAACAUGGCACGAAAAAUAACGAAAGCAUCAUAAUUUGGAAGAAGGAAACAAAUAAGUCAAUCGCACUUCACAAACUGCCGCUGCAAAGACGCUUUCUAUGGUUGAUACUAAUUUUGUUAAACGAAAACAAUCAAAUCAAACGAAACACUACCGGAGGAAAUGGUUGAAAGGGCGUGUAUUGUUAUGUUUUACAUUUUUAUCGUAUUAAUGGCCAGUGAAACACGUUGAAAUCGUUCACACACACCCAAUACUACAAGAGAAAGCGACUUAAUCAUAAUCAUAGUGAUACAAAAAAAAAUAACAAUGGUAAAACCAAUCAUCAUCUGCCAAGUACGGUGUAGGGUUGGGCCGAGCGGACCGGAAGUAUAGCGACAAGUAUUGUUUUAUUAGUAUUUGUAGAGCAACAAAACAAGCGCAACAAAAAAGUUGAUAAAAAGCGUUCAAUGCGAGAAUGUGAGAUAGUAUCAAAUAGACCGGCAACACAGGCUAUUCGUUACAAUAAUGCCGUUUGUUUGUUCUGUUUCGAACAAAGCCACGCAACAAAAGAAGACUGUUUAAGCGUUUAAAGUAAAACCAAAGGAUGUAAAUUUUCGUUUGUUCGUGUACAAUAUUUGGUGAUGUAAAAUGUACCCCUCUGGCAGCUCGUUUUACACCAUUUCCGUUGCACCGGAUGCACAAAUUUGCAGCGAACGAAAAUUACACAACACUAAAAGACGGGUAUACCUUGAUGAUAACUAUGUAAAUUAGAACUGUACAGCAGGCACGAAUUUAAACGUAAGAGCAACAUUUUAUUAUUCGUACUCCGUGAGCUAUAUGCUGGCCGCUCGCCCACUCUUAGACCCUAUCCGUCGCGCGCGCUCUGUCUCUCUAUUUCUCUGUACCCUGUAUGAAUGUGAUAAAACGCAACUACAAAAAAAAAGAUAGCCAACUAAAACGGUUCCGAGCUCCAAAAACGGACUUAAAAAGGAAAAUCCGAUACAACAUUUAGCAAAAAAAAAAGAAGGAGAAAGUGGAAAAGGAGAAAGUAACCAGCAAAUGUUAAAUUACCUUUUGCAUUCGAAAACUAAAUAGAACAAUAAUUAAUUGCGAAAUCCAAAUCGAAGGAUUUAGGCAUGGUGAUAUUUUUGAAGCAGCAUCAAACAAAUUCUAAAUGAAAGCAAAAUAGCCUAUCCAUGAUCGCGUUAUGCUUUGAUUUAUCAGCGAAGGAAAGAGAUUACUAUUCGCCCCCCGCGGUUACGCCGAGAACAGAAAUCAAUACAGAUAAAUAUCGUUUUUUCGAGCAUAUUCGAUUUCUCUCCACUCACUGCACACGAAAGUAUUUAAAUAUAGGCAUGCCUAUCAUAUGGUAAAACCAGACAACCUGAAAACGCUUAAACCUUUAUUGUAGUGACAUAGGAAGUGGAAGCAACCCCGUUAUGAAAUCCCUAAAACAUACUUGUUUUAUUGUUGCUCUGUGGAAAUGAGUUUUUUGUUUUGAUAUUACAUAUUUUAAGUGAUAAUUCAAGCGACCUUUUCGAAGCGAAGAACACACACACACACUAUCCAGCUACGACUGUACAAUUAUAUGCAGGUAUGAUUUGCCAGGCGUCACCUGUUCAUAAAAGCUCAUCACGUUGGAAGAAGACUGAAAUUUGGUCAAAAAUGUUCAUAUACCCAGCACCACAUACACGUCACAAAGGACUCCGCGUCUAUCACAAAACAAAUCGGGAUGAGCGAUGAAUAGGAAUGUAAGAAUCUUAUGAAACAGUGAACAGCUCUAAAAACUGACCAAUUCAAACACACAAACCAUAAUAGAAACAAGGGAGGAAAAUUAAACCGAAAAUCGAAUCGAUGAUUUCUCCAUGUUUGAAUGAUUAAUUUUCUUUUGUUUAGAGUUAAUUUGGCACAUUGAAGAUUUAGAUGGUUAGUAAAAUGAAGCUGAAAAUAAUAUUUAAAUGUAAUGUUUACUUUAAGCGUUUAAGUGCUUCUAUUUCUUCGCGCUCUCUCUCUCUCUCAAACCGCUCCCUGCGAGGCGUAUACUGAUUUGAUCCUUUUGCGUAUACCAUUCACAAGGACAUUCACACGCACGAGGCUGCAAAAGUAUGUGCUUUAUGUGGAUGGAAGAAGCAAAUUUGCUAAUUUUGCUCCACCGCGUUAUAUGAAUCUUUAAUUUUUACAGUAGCCUUAAACCAAGAAUCGAAUCAUUUUGAUAGCUUACUCUCUGCUACAAACUACUAUUGGCUAGCAAUAUCUAGGCAAAUAAAAUUAACCCUGCGCACCCGAAACACGUGCGAAAGGAUAAUGAAGCAACACAAAAUGCCAUAACCUCUCGAGAUAGUUAAUAUUUUUGAAGCGAUGAAAGUAUGUCAGAACUAACAAAAAGAAAAAAUGAACUGAAAUCGUUAAGAAAAUUAAACAAAGGCAAACCAACAAAAAAAAAAAAACAAACAAACUAAAAGAAAACCAGUCAAACAGACCACCAAAAAUGGAGGAAAAGAAAAAAAACAAUGUUAUUUUUGUACGAAAACCAGUUUACGAUAAACGAACAAAAAACAAUAAUAAAAAAACAACAACAUUGGGCUUUAUACAAAUUCAAACCCUCAAAAGCAAA